GUUUCCGGGGGAACACUUUGCGAGUCGGAUCCACUUCCGUUCAGCCACCAAUAAAGAAAGGACUCAGCGGCGCCAAGCUAUUGGCUUCGCGGGUCAAUUUUUGAAAGUUGUUUGGCAGAAUCCGAUUUAAAUCGGAGCCAUCUCAACAGCAACCAUGACGGUCGGGAAGAGCAGUAAGAUGCUGCAGCACAUUGACUACAGGAUGCGCUGUAUACUCCAAGAUGGUCGGAUAUUCAUCGGGACAUUUAAAGCAUUUGACAAGCAUAUGAACCUCAUUCUGUGUGACUGCGACGAGUUCAGAAAGAUCAAGCCUAAAAAUUCCAAGCAGCCAGAGAGGGAGGAGAAGCGAGUGUUGGGUUUGGUGUUACUCAGAGGAGAGAAUCUGGUCUCCAUGACUGUUGAAGGACCACCUCCCAAAGAUACUGGCAUUGCCAGAGUGCCCCUGGCUGGGGUGGCAGGAGGCCCAGGUGUGGGCAGAGCAGCAGGCAGAGGUGUACCAGCUGGAGCUCCCAUGGCACAGGCUCCUGCUGGACUUGCUGGACCAGUGAGAGGAGUCGGGGGCCCAUCACAACAGGUGAUGACCCCUCAGGGUAGAGGCACAGUGGCUGCAGCAGCGGCUGGUGCUAGCAUCGCCGGUGCACCCACACAAUAUCCACCAGGCCGAGGUGGCCCUCCUCCUCCCAUGGGCAGAGGUGCACCACCUCCAGGCAUGAUGGGUCCUCCCCCAGGCAUGAGGCCACCGAUGGGCCCCCCAAUGGGCAUGCCACCAGGCCGCGGUGCCCCCAUGGGCAUGCCUCCUCCAGGCAUGAGACCUCCACCACCAGGAAUGAGAGGGCCUCCUCCUCCAGGCAUGCGUCCCCCAAGACCUUGAUUCGCCACACUGGAAGAGAAUGUGUUAUGAACCUUUUCUGUUCACAGCUCUGGGCUCUUGUAUAGUUUCAAAUGGUUUUGUUUUUUGUAUUUUUCUUUAUUUUAAAAUAAAGUGUCUAUUUGGCGUCUUGUUUUAAAAAAUGA